AUGAGGUGGACGAGAGCACAGAGCUUGAGAAGGAGUCCAAAAAUGAUGGAAGGAGGAUUUCAGUCAAAGUUUAGUAAUACGGCUAACAAUGCUAUCGAUGUUGAAGAAGAAGAAGUCUUGUACAUUGAAUCAGGGUCAUCAAGCAUCCGUGUAGUUGAAGGAAAUAAAUCUAUGAGAAGUGCAGGGAAGAAAGGAGUACCUGGUGGGGGGAAAACUAGAAUUACCCAAAAAGAGAAGCAAUGGAAAAUCAUAUAA